CAAAAUCGCACUCAUCCCCAUUGUGUUCAACCCUCCAAAAAAAAAGCAGCAAGAAAAAAAAACCAAAUCACUCUACUAUUACUUGUUUUUGUGUGAUUCUUGAAGAAUGGGCAAACCGGGCAAGGCGGGCGUCGGCAUCUGGAAGCAGCACCAGGGACAGCCGGACUCGACCACCAGGGCGCUGUCCAACGCCAAGGCGGCGCGCGAUCGCACGACUGCCGCUCAGCCCGCAACAAGCGACAGCAAUGCGAGCUUGAACGGCGUUGCGAACGGCGGCGGCGUCGCUGGCAGCAGCAGCAGCAAGAAGCCAAAGCCAACCAAGUACGGCAACGACGCGCUCAACGCAGCGAUCGACGCCAUUGCCACAGCACCCAAGAAGCCCCCGCAGACGCAGCAGCCGAAUGCUCAGGCUGCCAAGAAGCAGCAGGGCAACAAGGCCGCCGGAUUGCAGCCAAAGCCAAAGCAAGCCGCCUCGGACAAGGAGGCAGUCCUGUUCCAGAAUCGCCCAGCGGCUGUGCCGCAGACAAUGUUCACGGGAUUCAACGAAAGCGAUGUCGAGUCGAGCAGCUUGGACACGGCUCGCCGGGUUCUUGAAAGCUUGCUCAAGCCAAUCACCAUGGAAGAAUUCUUCAACUCGUUCUGGGAGUCCAAGCCGCUGGUCGUGCGUCGAUCCCGACCCAACUACUACUCGGAGGUGUUUAGCACCGCCACAAUGUUUGAGCUCUUCUCCAAGCAUGACAUCCACUUUACCAAGAAUGUGGACGUGACCUUGUACGAGAACGACGAGCGCGUGACUGUUAGCCCGCCUGGCCGUGUGCUCCCGCCAAUCGCUCAAAGCUUCCUCGAUGACGGCUGUUCGCUGCGUCUGCUCAACCCCCACUCGUACGACGACCGCGUCUGGAGCUUGCUUGCUCGCUUGCAAGAGGCGUUCGGGGCGGGUGCAGGCGCCAACGUCUACUUGACCCCGUGCGAGAGCCAAGGCUUUGCGCCCCACUACGACGACAUUGACGCGUUUGUGCUGCAGCUGGAGGGCACCAAAGAGUGGAAGCUGCAUCGUCCACGACCGGUCGAUCCCGUCCUUCCCUUCAUCUCGAGUCGCGAUAUUCCCGCCGAUCAGCUUGAAGAGCCGUUCAUUACUGUCCAGUUGAAUCCUGGUGAUUUGCUGUACAUGCCUCGUGGCACCAUCCACCAGGCACGCACUACUGAUGGCAAGCCGUCGCUACACAUUACCAUUUCAACUUGUCAAAAGAACAGCUGGUUCCAUCUUUUGGAGAAGGCCAUGCCCGCCGUGCUCGAGCACGCAUCGCGCUCUGGCACCAUUGAUAUUCGGCAGUCCGUUCCUGCAUCAUUUUUGCACAAUGGAGCAUCGGCGCGUGCACAGCUCAGCGCUAGCAUGACGGCCAUCCACAACUCAGCGCUCACCACCGAGGUCGUUCGCGACGUCUUCUUACGCGAAUAUGUGAUUGAUUGCUUGGCACCUCGUCUGAGCGAGAAAGAGCUCGCUCUCACGAACGCCACCGUUCGAUCCGAUCACAUCCAACUCAAGUCGCAAGUCAAAUUCAUUCGAGCUCACAUCUCUGCUCUCUAUCCCGAUACCGAGAACGAUGGCGACUUGCUCUAUCACUCGGCUCAGAACGCCCGUCUGUACCGUGACGAGGAACCGCUUUCCUUGGUGCUGCCAGAAGGUGGUCGAGUUGUCGUUGCCGCCAUAGAGAAGGCCUAUCCCGCGUUUGUUCGCAUCAACGCCCUUCCCUCCAUCGGAACCGACGAAGAAGGCAAUGACAUGCGAUUGGAAGUUGUGCGCGCCAUGUUCAACCAAGGUGUUUUGUUUGCUCGCGUGUAGCCAGCAUUCUAUUUGUUGUUCGAAAUAAGAAGCAACGACGACGACGAAUUUCGGAGCUUUCUCGUCCGCUAAUUCAUCAUCAUUUUGAGAUCUACUGUC